AUGAGCGAAUCCGCGACAGGACGUGGGCUAUGGGAGAAGCCACUGAACCCGCCAAAGACCCCGGAUACGGACCGCGGGCUGCAUCGGCAAAAGCUCUUCGACCGCCAGAGCAAACAGCAAGACGCGUCCAGUCACCCGCGUCACGCCCCACACCACACAUGCCCGCAGUGCGAACAGAAACAGCCUGGGCGGCAGCCUUCGUUGCCUAUGACGGGCAUGCGUGUCUCUCCGCCAGAAUUUGAGCAAGCACCUCCGCGGCGGGAGCAUGUGAACCAAUGCGAUGUCGCAGCGAGCCAAGGAUAUUAUAAUGCGCUUCAGAAGCUUGGUGAGGGAGAGGAGCUCUCGGUGACGAUGGGAGUAGCGAUGGCGAAGAAAGCGUCUAUGGCUGCUGAAGAUAAGAUAUAUGAGGAUCAUAAUGGACGUCGCGGGAGGAGAAGUCGGGAGUGGAAAGCCCUGUCAUGGAAAUCGGAAUACGGAUUCCCACAG